UAUCCUGGCUGAGGCGGAAGGAAAGGCGUGUGCGUCAAGCGCUGCUGGGUGGAGGAGCGGAACCGCUGCCGCUGUUCAAGGAUGGCAGAAGCAGCCCACGCAGUACAGGUUAACCUGUAAGCUUUACGAAGGAAGGCAGUGAUAGCAAAAGGAGAACAAUGUUGUCAAGGCCCAAGCCUGGGGAGUCGGAGGCAGAUUUGUUAAGGUUCCAGAAUCAGUUCUUGGCAGCGAAAGCUUCCCCAGGAGUGAAGAUUGUAAAGAAAGCAGAUAAGAGAAGAGGGGAUGUGGGCAGUGGAAAUGAUGAGAGACCCCUAUUGCAACACAACAGGGAUGUGGUGACGCUGGAUGACUUCCCUGAUGUGCCCCCACUGCUGACUCCAGCACCUCCAAAGAAAUCCAAAUUCAAAAGCGCCCGUGUCCAUUUUGAUGAGGAUCCAGAGGAGCAGUUGGAUCACAGUGAUCAACACAUCACAGCAGUUUUCAGCAAAAUCAUUGAACACGACACAAGCGCAGCCAGCGUGACCAUGCCCGUGUUCACUGGAUAUCCAUUUCCCAGAGUCUUUCACAGGUCUGAAAUAAAAACAGAGGCCAGAUCAGCACCUGGAAAGAAAAGUAUCUUUGCCCAGAAGAUAGCUGCUAAGAGGGCAGCCACAGUGGCUCAGGCAUCUAAUCCUGCCUUUGAUGAAGCUGAGCAAACAAACAUAGAAAAAGCAACUCCAGAGGCUGGGUUCCCUCUUGAAGCCUUGGAUACCCAGUUUCACGGGGAUGAGAAAGAUACGCCUGCUGGUAGUGUACACAGACAGUGGUCUCGUAUUGUCACCGGGAAAGGUCUUGGAAGCCUGGCAGGUGAGCAAGAAGCCCAGAACAUCCACAAGGAGAACUUGAGGAGGCUGCAAUCCAUGUCUCAAGAACAGAUUUUGGAGGAGCAGAAUCGACUGCUGGCUCAGAUAGAUCCCAGUUUACUUGCGUUCUUAAAGUCACAAUGUGAUACCAAGACAACUCAGGAUGAAGAAGGCAAAAUGGAGCAUGAAAGGCCAGGAAAGCUUACGCAUCCAGAAAUGCAGCCCAAACCCCAGUAUGAAGAAGAAACAGUGAAAGCUCCUUUGUUACAGAAGCCAGAGAUGGGAGAGGAGUCGGACACAGAGGGGUCCCUGAGGACUGCACCUGGUACUAGAAUGGAUUACACAGACCUUCCAGUGAAGCCUCAGAAAGAGUGGCUCCACAUGGACAAUGUAGAGUUUGAGAAGUUGCAGUGGAUGAAGGAUCUCCCUGAGCUUCGGCAGAAGAAAACAAAAAAGGGAAUGCAGGCACGCUUCAGUCUGAAGGGAGAACUUGUUCCCCCAGAUAAAGACCUCCCUACAUAUCUGGGCUUACAUCACCAUGGAGAGGAAGCAGAAAGGGCUGGCUAUUCACUCCAAGAGCUCUUUCACUUGUCUCGCAGCCAAGUAAUUCAGCAAAGGACUCUGGCUUUACAGGUGCUAGGCCAUGUUGUCCAGAAGGCCAAGGCAGGAGAGUUUGCCUCCUUGCUGACAGGAAGUGUCCUGCGUGUGCUGCUUGAUGCUGGUUUCCUCUUCCUGCUCCGUUUCUCCUUGGAUGACCCAGUGGAUAAUGUCAUUGCAGCCACUGUCCAUGCCCUCCACGCACUGCUGGUCUCUCCAGAUGAUGAGGAGUAUCUUGACAAGACUUUCUCGUGGUACCAGGGUAUGACUGUCUACCCUUUUAUCUCAAACAAUGAGGAUGAAAAAGAGACGGAGGAUGAAGAUGAUUGGGAUGAACAAACUCUAACCCAAAAGGCACUGGAGAGAAAAUCAAAGGAUGAAAACAAGCCAGAUCCAGAAGUGGCACAAUAUGAUGUUGUAAAGGGACUUCUAAAGACCAGGAUUCUUCACCGCAUGAGAUACAUUCUGGAAGUAAUGCGACCUGUGCCUUUGGUUGUCCUGGAGAUUCUAGACAUCCUCACUCGCAUUGCAAGGCAUUCCACUGAAGCAUGCAGUUGGAUCCUGGAUUGCCCUCGUCUGGUUGAGAUGGUCAUCAGAGAAUUCAUCCCCACCCAGUGGAACCCAAGAGUAGCUGAACCUGGGCAGUUGCUCACAAGCCUGCAUCGAGUUCCUUGUGCCACUGCCAUGAAGCUGAUUAGAGUCUUGGCCUCUGGAGGGCGGAAUGCAGCUGCCAGGCUGCUUAGUAAGUUUGAAAUGAAGAGUCGGCUGAGUCGGUUUGUAGCUGAAGAUCCCAAAGACCUUUCCCUGAGGAUAGAGGAAGCCAUAAAGAUGAACACUGAAGCUUUCCGCUUGUGGGCUGUGGCCGCCGGCUAUGGUCAGGCAUGUGAUCUCUUUAGGGAUCUCUAUCCUGUGCUAAUGAAGAUGGUCCCAUCCCUGUCCCAGUUGGUUGGCAAUUUUCAGGAGAACAACUCUGUAUUUGAGCUUUCUGUCCAGCAAGCUGCAGCCAUGGUUACAUUGCUUACUCAAGUGACACAAACAGCAGGGUGCAGGGCAGAGCUACAAGCCCAGCUUAGCAGGAAUGAUCCAGAAGGUGGUGACCAGAUUCCGCCUCCAUCAGUCACCUGGAAUCAAGUGUCAGGCUUCAGACCCAUCAUUGAAACUCAGUUAAAAGGAUGCCUUAAACAGAUAUCUCAGCUGGAUACCUGGCAGACACUGCAGCCCCUUACAACAGCCUAUGUCCUUUACAUGGCAGUCUAUUACAGUAACUGUAAUCAACAGCCAUCUGUAAACCCCAUUGACUCCUUAGAGGAAGUGGAGCAUCUAACAUCUGUAGUGCUGCUGCCUCUCCUUAGCCAGCCAGCCAUGCAGCACCUCUGGGAAAUGCUCAGGCCAUGCUCUACUCUGUGCAAUCCUUUAACCUGCUCCCCAACACCAGAAUAUAUUCCCAGCAUUGUUUCUCUGAGUUGUACUGGAGGCAAACCCCCAAUGAGCUUAGCAGGCCCUAAAUCACCAUUCCCUUUCCUUACCGCCCUCCUUGUCCUUAUCAACGGCAUCACCACUGUCCACAAAGGGCUGAUUGGCAAGUAUGACUCUAUACUGGAUGUGAAGGAUGUGAAAGACUAUCUGCUCCAGAGCUGGACUGUUGGGCUGCCUUCUAUAACCUCUUCCUCUGCAUGGCUGUUGCGCCAUGAGUACCACUUUCAGUAUCAUGUGCUUUUACUGGCUCGGAAAAUGGCAGAUACUAGUCCAGAUUACAGCCGGCAUGCUUCACUCCAUCACUCUGUUGCCAUGGUAUUGUUAAGCCGUUUGUUGCCAGGCAGUGAGCACCUGGCUCAUCAGCUCCUGUUGGGUCUUGCUUUUAAUGCAAAACUGAUUCCAGAAGGAAAAGCAGGGGGCCCCGAAGCUGCUGACUUCUCAGACCUCCUGCACUUGAGCUCAAAGGCAAAGCUGACACAGCCAAGCUCAGCAGCUGCCCUUACUCCGCUCCCUAGUCGUGGUGCCUUACUGCAGGAGGCAUACCAGCAUCUCCCACUUAUCCAGGCCUGCUACCUCACUCAUUUUGUUUACUUGGAGCCUGCUCUUGUUCGUUCCAGAAAUGUCUAUGAAGGACGAACUCACCUCAUCCAAUCCAUGCUUCUUCCUGAGGUCAGAGGACCCAUCCUGCCUUCUGAUUGGCCAUUCCUUCCUCUUGUCAACGUCUAUAACAAAGUGACUGGUGCAGAAACACGAUGGGCUGUACUGAGCUCUCUUCCAGUGGAUCUUGUAAAUACCGUGACGCGGAACCUACAGUGGGUCCUUUUGUUGGAGACUUGGCGAGCCAAAGUCCUUCAGAGCAUCUCAGCUGCAGCUAAACUUGCAAGGCUUAUGUGUGUCUUCCUCACAGGCAGUGACUUGUUCCUGGAAGGUCCUGUCCAUUGCUACACGGCUGCCCUGCUCUCCCUUUACUGCCACUCCAAAGUCCUGGACUCUUUGAACUUGGAUGCUCCCCUCCCUGGCUUAGCUUCUUUCCAUGACCUCUACAUGAAUCUCCUGGAACAGUUUGAAGGUGUCUCCUUUGGAGACCCUCUCUUUGGAGUCUUUGUGCUGCUUCCUCUGCAGAGGCGUUUCAGUGUGCAGCUAAGGAUGGCAGUCUUUGGAGAGCAUGUGAGCACCCUGAGGGCACUGGGAGUUCCGCUCCAACAGUUUCCUGUGCCUCUGGAGCAAUACCUUUCUCCCCUUGAAGACAACCUGAACCUUUUAAGGCAGUACUUCCACACUUUGAUCACAGGGACUUUGCGACAGAACUGGUGUCCUGUACUUUAUGUGGUUGCUGUGGCCCAUGUCAACGGCUUCAUUUUCUCACAGGAUAGCACUACACAGGAGGCUGACAUGGUCCGAAAAAGCAUGCUACAGAAGACCUGGCUGUUGACAGAUGAGGUACUAAAGCAACAUCUUCUCUACUACAAAUUGCCAAAUAAAGACAACCCGAUGGGGUUUGACGUUUAUGAGCAGCUUCCUGCCAUCCGACUGAAAUACCUGCACACUGUGACUAAGAAGGACCCUUCAGUAUGAGACUUGUAGAGAAGAAUCUCAGCAGCCACCUGACGAAGUGGGGGACAGAAGUGCCAAGGCUGGAGAGAAGCUUGAUCAGCUCUGUGGUCUCUCGCCUUGCCUGAUGAGUACAACAGAAAGGAAUCUGCACUGUCGGCCUCGGCUUGGCCUGGCCUUGGGAGAACAUUGGAAUAUCUUUCCAUUUUCAAGCACCUGAUUUUUUUCAUGGUGGAAGAAACUGGAUAAACAAGUGUAUACCCAAGAUGGAAGACACAUGAUUUUAAAAAUAAAAUGUGAUGCAGGUAGGAUACUGGAA